UGCAGCUGUUGGAGCUCCCGACCGCACCCCAAACCCAGCCACUGCUUCUUGAAUCUUAGAGUAGUCUUGAUGAAUAUGAAGACCAAGAUUCAUGCCCGUGUGUCAUUUGGUCCUGAUUUCCAACAGACGAAGUUCCGGAACUCUUUAAAAUGGUCAAGGGAUGUGGUGCGGAUGUUACAUUCGACAAAAAAAAGCCGGCAUAAUGCUGAUGGUGACUUGAUACACAUAUAUGCGCACACAAAGUGUUUUCUCCGACUAAGGAAAUACAAGAAAAGUAGUACCCCCACCAUUCACAUUACUCCACGAGACCUCAGCCCAAAGUAUGCUGAGAAAUUGGGUUCGGGUGUACACGAAUACCACAAAACAUAUAGCGAAUCAUAUUGUAUAGGACAGCUAAUGGUUUGGUAUAUCCAAUAUCCCGACCCAGAUGUUUUGCUGGCUGAAUCAAGCAGGGGAUGCCUGUCGUUACCCAAAGCCCAGAAGGCAUCACAACAACUUGUUUACGGCCGAAGGACAGUGAAGUUUAUGCUUUCUAUGAUGAAGAAAAAAACCCCAAAUGCCUUGGCCAGAGGACCAGACAUGGUCAUUCAAGAGCUCCCGGAACAUUGUUGGCAGCCCAAUGCUGGACAUUGUCCUACACAAGGCGCAUUUAAAAACCGAUGCUUCGCUGGUUAAGACUCAAAUCUAAGGUCUCCCGAGGAACGUAGCAUUUGUGAUUCUCUUUUAGUUGAGUAAAUUUAUUUGUUGUUGCUAGCAUAUGUUUGUGCUGAUGCCUUAUUUGACUCCUAAUAAUAGAUGCUAGCAUAUGUUUGUGGCUUGGAGUAUGUACCUCAUAGUUGUGCCUGUCAUCGAAGUAAGUGGCCUUGUAUGUGUGGGACUCUUAAUUAUAUUGCAACCUUAUCUUGGACACACAUGCGGUUCUUGUUUCAUGUAUUGUCCUUAAUGUCGCAUCUUUACGGAAUGUGCUUACAUCCUCUGAGAUAUUUUUUAAGCUUACUGGAUCAAGCAUGCUCCUUGUCCCUAACCAUUUCUUGUUGCAAC